AUGGAUCAGUUACAAGGAGCUGGGGUUUUCUCCAAUAACGAUUUACGAUCCGGUUAUUACCAGAUAAGGGUGAGGGGUGAGGAUAUCCCUAAGACCACUUUCAGGACUUCUUGUGGUCAUUACGAGUACACUAUACUAAAGGAAAAGAAAAUCUAUGCGAAACUGUCUAAAUGUGAAUUCUGGAAGGAAGAGGUGAAGUUUCUGGGUCAUGUGGUGAGUAAACAGGGGAUAGCAGUAGACCCAUCUAAGGUGGAGGCAGUAAUGGAUUGGAGGCGACCAACCUCUAUAGCGUUGCCAUUGACAAGGUUAACCCGCAAGGACGCGCCAUUUGUUUGGACUCCUGAGUGUGAGGAGAGUUUUCAGGCAUUGAAGCAAAAGCUGACCACCGCGCCUAUGUUGGUGUUACCUGAGCCAAAUAAAUCUUUUGAGGUGUACUGUGAUGCCUCACUAAAGGGUCUAAGGUGCGUGUUGAUGCAGCAUCGUAAUGUGGUGGCAUAUGCCUUACGUCAGUUGAGACCUCAUGAAGUUAAUUACCCUACGCAUGAUUUGGAGCUCGCUGCGGUUGUGUUUGCACUAAAGGUGUGGAGGCAUUACCUCUAUGGGAUUAAGUUCCAAGUCUUUUCUGAUCACAAGAGCUUGAAAUAUCUCUUUGAUCAGAAAGAGCUUAAUAUGAGACAGAGGAGAUUACAGAUCUCAAGUGAUUUUAAAUCCGAACUCCUAAAGGCACAUGAAAACGAUGACGUGUUACCGAAGGUGUUACCAGCCAUUGAGCAAGGGAAGCAAUGGAGAGUGUCGGAGGAUCAAGAUGGGUUAUGGAGAUUUAAGCUUCGGAAGUAUACUCCUGAUGCUAGCCAUGUGUUAGAACCUAAAUCUGCUCAGUUGAAAGAAGAUUUGACGCUUUCGGUGGCUCUGGUCAGAAUUGACGAUACUAGUAUCAAACGGUUGCGUGGAAAAGAGGUUUCUCUAGUCAAAUCGGUCUCAUCAUUUUCCUCCAUGGUGGACAGGAAGAACAAAGAAAUGUCCACUUUCGAGCUAUCUGGUAGGGCAAGGAUUCACUAUAUUUUCCAAUCCAUCUUUGUGAAUAGUUUAGAGAUACUAUUUUCAAUCUAUCUAUUUUCCCUUGCUUCAUCAUCUCUUCCUUUGAUGAUGCAACAAGCUCUGCUUAUGCAACAAACCAUGACUACACAGCAGGCUGCCAAUAAAGCCGCCACCAUGAAGUCUACAACAGAGUUAGCGGCAGUCUGA